AUGGAUUUUCUAGAGAAAUGGGAGGUUUUCUACUGGACUUAUUCCAAGUGGAGAGGAUUUAACAUAAGGAUUGAUGAUGGAAAAAAGAGGGAUGGGGUUAUUAGCAUGCACCGGUGGGUUUUUUCCAAAGAAGGUUUUCGAAGUUCUCAACAUGCCAAACUAAAAGAAGCAUGCAAAAGAAAAAUGCAAUUUUUACGUUCACACCGCAAUGUUCCGGACACAGUAGUUGCCCAAGAAAUAACAAUGAACAAGGUUGGGAUCAAAACUUCCUCUGUUGUAGCACAUCUUGCCCUAAAAUCAGGUGGGUACAAAAAUUUUCCUUUUCAGUUAAGAGACAUGUACAACAAAGUGGCAAAAAUAAGAAAUGAACAGAAGUUGGAAAGUGACUCAGAGGGAGCACUAGAUAUAAACAGUAGAAGGGACUACAUGCUAUUCGGUGAGGCAAUUGCUUUUGAUUCGACGUACAAGACCAACAAAUAUAAUAAGUCGUUGGUAAUUAUUGUUAACGUCAAUCAACACUUCGAUACAUGUGUUUUUGGUUUAGCAUUACUUUUCAAUGAGACAGAAGACACAUUUUGUUGGUUGUUGAUGGUGUUCCUAGACUGCAUGGGCAACAAAAAACUGAAAGUAGUACUCGCUGAUGGUGAUGACAAAAUGGCUUUCGCCAUUCACUAUUUCUUGUCGUCUUCAACUUGUCGACUUUAUGUGUGGCACUUAGGGAACAAUGAAACAAAGAAAAUUAAGUUGCCCCCUUUCACCACAGGGUUUGUUAAGUUAAUAUACCAAUACUACACAGAUGAAGAAUUUGAAGAAAAAUGGGUUGCAUUAUUGAAAGAGUUUGACCCCCAAAACAGUAGUUGGUGCCAUGAAAAGUACAACACACGUGAUCACUGGUUAGAGACUUUCUUACGAGGGGUGUUCUAUGGUGGCAUGCGAACAACUCAAAGGUGUGAAUCUAUAAAUUUUGCACUAAAGAGAUUUCUACUUGCUAAUUACACUUUGCGAGACUUUGUAUCACAAAUUGACCUAGCUGUCACCACGAUGUGCCACAAGGAGGGCUCUGAUGACUAG